CGACGCGAGCGCUUGCAGCCGGCCGGGGGACGCACAAGCGCAGUGCAGUCGAGCAGCAGAGUCGAAACGUAGUGAUCACCGGCGUCUCCUCCUCUAGUGAAGUGUUCCGUUGAUUGCGAGUGAUUCCGACUUGAACCUAGAAGGACCUGUGCUUUCUCGUGGAUCUGCGACGACAAGAUUUCGCCUGCUCACCGGAGAGCAUUUAGCUGGACACCACCUGGUACCCAGAAGGCAAGUGAGAUAAAGACAGGUGGCACGAGAAGGUAAGAAGAAACCAUGGGUGCGAGACAGAGCAAGAGGUCCGUGGACAUAACGACGACGCCGAAGAAGGAGGGAAUACCCGUUGAGGGAGGCGUCGUCGGAGAUGCGGCCGCACCUGGCGAUGGUAAGCUGGAAAGGAUCGAGGAGGCUGACACGAAGCCCACCACCAACGGCAUAGCACCGCACACGGACACUGCCGAGGACAAAGAGAAGGACAAAGACGAAGCUACCGAGAAGGACAAGGAACAACCGCAGCAGGAAGAAGUAAAAGCCGAGGAGACGAAGCAAGAGUCGUCUGGAGAAUCUCCUGCGGAGGUUGCGGAGGUUACGACGCCCACAGAGGCCACCCCUGCCAGUCCGAACACUGCCACUUCUCCAGACAAUAAGGAAACCAAAAAGAAGGAUAAGAAGAAAAAGUGGUCCUUCAGGUCGAUCAGCUUUAGCAAGAAGGAUAAGACUAAGCCGAGUCGCGAGGAGGCGCCCAAGAAUGGAGACGUCACCAAGGAGGAGCCGCUUGCAGAGGGUGGCGAGGAGGCAGAGAAUGCGACGGCCGACACGAGCAGUCCGGAGGAGAAAUCAGCAGCGAGCAGUCCAUCGGCGGACGAGCAGGUAGCCGCGCCGGUAGCAGCGGACGAACCGAAGGAAGAGUCCGCCGCGGCAUCGCCAGCAGCAGCAGCAGCAGCCGCUAGCCCGGUCGAGGAAAAGAAAGAGGAACCCACUCCCUCCGCCCCCACUCCUGUCCCGUCCGUCGAGGAUAAGAAAGAGGAGACGGUCGAAAAAGUCGAGGCCGAGAAAAAAGUAGUCGAGGUCAGUCAGUCAGCCGGCGGUCAGUCCGUAACGGACCCGGUAGAGGUCCCAGUCUACCGUGUCCAGCCAGUCGCGACACCGUCUAUCAUUGAGAGGAAAACCAGUGAGGACCUUCCCUCCCUACCCCCGUCCAGUCCACCACCGACCCCCAUAGACCCGUCGCCCUUGCAGCAGGCACGGCAGGCCGCAGCGAGUGCCACGGCUCUCGCCGAGGCGCUCAAACUACCUGCCGUGGCUGCUGGCGAGGAGGAAUCGCCGCUCGACGCGUCCUGCGACGAUGUCCCGCAAGAAAUCCGCGAAUCCGCUGUCCUCGCUAUCGCGUCUCCGACAUCAUUCGGUCCCUCCGCCGACUUGCCCCCGACGGAAGCGACCUUUGUCCUCGCGGAAGUAAAUUGCUCGCCGGUGGUAGAGGCCAAGAUCGAGAUCGAGACGUCUCAAGAUGUUGCGAAGAAGGUAGAGAAGGCGUUAGCUACUAGCUGUGACCGUAAGGAAGUCGAGGUUGAGUCAAAGGUAGUGGAACAUGAUACGAGGAAGCAGUUGGUCGAACCGCUCGAUAGUCAAACUACGCAGAAAGAAGAUGUAGAGAGCAAAGCGGAAUGUCCAUUUAUUCCUAAAGAGAUAGAUUCGUUUGUCGACAGCAGCGUGAAAAAGAGCGAUUCUCAGGAUCAAUGUUCGCUAAAUAUCAAUAACGAGAAACCAUCAGAGGUUGUGGUUUCUUCAACGGUAGAGAAAGUUAUGAAUGAGCCUUUACCGGUCGUAGAGUGUCAAAUAAAGAGCGAGAUAAAUAGCUGCGAAGGUGAUAUGAAGAUAAAUGUACUGCCCAAUACUGAGCGUAGCGAAAAAGUUGAGAUUGAAACAUUACCGUCGACCGAGAUUGAAAUAAAAGGCAUCUGUCCGAUAGUAAAGCAACAUUUAUCGUCCGAAAACUUUGAGAUCGAAACAUUGAAGUGUUCUCCAAGUGAAGUCACGCAACACGUGGAAUCAAUUGAGAAAUUAUCGGAUCUUCCUUUAAUUGACAAAGGUGUAGCUGUCGAAUCGGAAAUAUCGAAAGUCAUUUCUACAUCCUCUGCGAACACCGAAGUUUCAUUGAAAGAUGAACUGAAGCAAUCUUUGGCGGAUGUAGAAAUCGAGGGAUAUGUGAGUGAACGAUCGGUCGAAUAUGAACACGAUUAUGCGAAAUACACGUCGGAGGAAGAAGGAAUUGCAUCGGUAACUUCACCGACUGAACUUUUCAUAAAUUCUGAAGAAGGUCCGCUGUCAGUUUCAGAAGAUAUUUUAGUGGAAGCUAAACUAGCAAUGAUCAUUCCAGAAGAUGACAGCGUGGAGGAGCUUUCCGAUACCACCGACUCCAUCAAGGUGAUUCCUGAUACUGACGAGGAAAAAAUUGAGAACGAGCCAGAAUUGGACAUCAUUAGCGUGCCUGACAAUACUGAAGACGAAAUAAAGAUAAUACUUGAAGAUUUACAAGUCUCAUCCAACUCGCAAAUAGAUGGACUUGAAAAUGUUACAAGUUUAGCCCCUCCGCUUGUAUCCGAGAUGCUCUUUGUAGAGGAACCGCAAUUUUAUUCCCCGCAAAUAGCAUUUUCAGAUAAUCCAGCAACUUCCAUUAUAAAAAGGCACUCCGGCAAAUCUCAAACACAAGUUUUCUCACCCGAACCGGAAAGCCUCUCGUUGGAAGAUCUUCCUCCAGCGCCCGAAGACACGGCGAUGCAGAGCUUAGAAUCCUUCGAUUAUCCUUUACCACCGGAAGAGCUCUCUUGUCCUUUAUCGAUUGUCACUCCGAACGUAGACGAGCUACCAGUUCUCGUCGAGCACGCGGCAAACCCGAGAGAACCGACACACAUAUACCUCACACCACCUUUAAGUCCCAACUUACAAUCCAAUGUCAAUAUCGCAUCCGGCAUCGCGACAGAAACCACCACGAGAGAUUGCUCGCAAAUUCCCUCGUACGACGACAACAGUAAUCGCGAGCAACCCGUGUCACUGAGUGAAUCAAUGAUUUUGUACGACCAAUCGGAUAUUGAAUUGAAGCAGAGGCUGGCGGCAGAGUGUCUAGCGACGACCGAAAGCCAGGAAGGGGUCCUAUUGUCGUGUGAAUUGUCGCACACCGUCCCAUCAACUGCCUCCGAGGAGCAUCACCAGAAGGCUCCGGAGAUCGAGGCGCCGGUAGAAAACAACAUCGCCCACGACGUCAGCACGACGGAAAGCGUCGACGAGGCUCCUAAAGUCGCACCACCGGCAAUCCCGACCGAGGCACCACCCGCCUCCCCGCCAACAGCGCCGGCUAUCACCGAGGACGUCGCCUCGGUCACCAAGGCCAUCGAGGAGAUCGACAUAAGCGAUAAAGCAGUUGCGGCGGCAGUGAACGAAGCUAUCGAGUGCAACACGAAUGAAAUCAUCGCUGAUGCGCACCACCAAAAUAACAUAAACGAAUAAGCGCCAAUUAAUCGAAUUGUAUUUUGGAAAGAAAAAAGUUCUUUUCUCUCGUUAAAACCAAAAAAGUAUAUUAUAUAGAUAUGUAUAUUUGGACCAUUCCUACAACUAAACAGAAAAUAACGUUCUUUCGUUACGAGCAACAAAAGGGGAAAAAACGGAACAAUGACGAACGACGACCGCGAUUUCGUGAGCAUAUAGACUCCUAUGGUAGGCCUAUUAAUUAUUAAACAAUGUUUAACAGCAGGGCAAAUGAGAAUAUGCGCGAAGGAAUGAUUCAAUGAUCGUAAUUAUUUAAAAAUGGGCUUUAUGAAGUCAUAUAGAUAUAUAUAUUAUAUAUAUCGCGUGAAUAUUCGGUUACUCGGGGGAGGCAGACAGCUUGUUUACCCGGUCUCUUUCACAGAUUAAACGAUUACACGUUUCAUUCUUUUAUAGCGCGGAUAGAGCGAAAUUGCGCCCGUGUCCUUCGGACAGUGUGCAAUCGUUACAACGAUUGGCCCUGUUGUGUAGAAAUUUUUAAAGUUUCAUUAAUUGUUACUGAAGUCUAAUGCUCGAACAUCGCGCGACGGACAAGCGAUAGGAGCGAUUAAGAUUGUCAAGGUGAUUGAGCGAGAAUCGUUUUCGUCGCGCAUUCCAGGGGAAAUACUCGUUGGAUGACGGCCUCCCAUGAUUACAAACUAUUAUACUCUGAUGAGAGAGAGAGCGAGAGAGUGUGAACGCGGAAGAGAGAAAGAGAGUGUGAGAGAGAGAGAUAAAAAAAAGUCGAAAUAUAAAGAAAGAAAUCCAAGGGGGCUGUGCGUGAUAUAGCGAUUGUGUGAAAGGGAAUAAAAAGUGCGAAACAAGAAGAAAAGAAGAUGCAUCUUUGAGAGAUAGGACAGGAAAAGGAUAAAAAUAUGCGAGAGAGAAAAACUAAAAAAAGCGAAAGAAGAUUAUUGAGCGACAUAUGACAAAGUUUGUGCAAAGGAAAAAAGAAUUUGCAUUCGCGUCGACAACUUUGUCGAGGGCACCCGAUACAUUGUUUCGCUCGUAUUUCCUUCGCGUUCCUUGAUUUUCCUUUUUUCGUUUACAUCUACGUACAAUCGAAACGUUUUUAAGUUGUAACGAGGAACUUUAUGCACAUCUUUAAUAUGAUUUUGAUAGGCGCGAUACCCUAAGGCGCUUGCGAGCAUACGAGGAGACACGUUACACACGAACACAAAGAGGACAUUUAUACCGCGUAUACGUAUAUACGUACCAUGGAACAUACGAGAUAAAGUAUAUAAAAUAAGUCGAAAUGAAAGAUGUUAAGUGAUAUAUAAUCUAGACUAUAGAGAAUGCGUUUGUGUAAAUUCGGCGUUUGUUCGAACAUGCUAACUUCUCGAUAGAGAAAGAGGGAGGAAAAAGAGAGAAAGGAAAAACACGAAAAAGCCUAUCGUAAUUUUUAUGAUAAUCAUUAAAAUAUCGCCUAAUUACAAUUUAAACAUACGAAACAUGCACAAUUUACCACCCGGAACGGUACCUUUUUCAAGUUUUCAUACGAUGUUUCUACGUUUCUACGUUUAUACUGAUCUCUCUGAGGGUAAAAAAAGUAAUUAUUGUCUACGAAGCUUUUUUUAUUAAGACUGUAGUGUAGAUCAUAAAGUUAUGAACUGAGAAGCGCAUUAUACACGUGUGACAUAACUCCGAUAUUCGGUAAUAUCGCCGAGUGUAGAUGAAGGGUGGGGACCGAGCGUUUACUCGUGUCCGUGAUCGGCAUUAAUUUCUAAGCGGUUACAUACAUAUUAACGUGUAAGGACGGGAAGGAAGUAAGAUUAAAAAGUUGUAUAGUAAAGCGAUACAUUCAUUAAGUAUAUCUGUCCGCAAAAUGAUCUUUACAACGAAAAAAUUUCUCAAUCAUCUUCUUGGAGCGGCAAGACGAGGCAGUUUUGGCGACGAGAUACCCAACUUUUUAUCGAUUGAAAUUCUUCACGAGCGACCCGAGACUGAUUAUCUGUGCACCCACAUCAUUCUCUAGUGAUCGUCAUCACUCUGAGGCGCCGUCGAGGCAAACCUCGCUCGUUUAUUUAUUUUGCACCGGAGACUACAAAAUUGUGAAUGAGACCUUUGGAUCGAAGCCGCCUCAGAUGCGAAAGUACAGUCUCCCAGUAUCUUCGAUCAGCAGUUAUAAUAGUAACUAAACUAUUCUACAUUUAUCUAUAACCUAUAAUAAACUGUGAAACAAAGUGUA